UUUUUGUAGGGGUUUACUUUUUUUUUUUUGUUUCCCAAAUUUCUCUCACCGAUUUUCUCGCCCUCGUAAACUUCAAUUCUUGAAAUUAUAUAAUUCAUUUUUUUGUCGUUUCAUUAUGUGUAUUUUAUUUGGGUACAAUUUACUAUAUGAUUUUGUCAUUCUAAGUUAGUUAGAUUCCAUUUCCAUGUCUCCUCCAUUUUUUCCUCUCAAGUUUAUCUCUUUCUUGCAGUAGUUUUCCUCUCAUUUGAUGAAUAUAACUAAUUCAUUGUAAGAACACAAAUUUCAGUACAUUUUUUCAUCUGUAUAUUUUUUUUUUGAGGUUUAGUUGGGUAAAAAAAAUACCUCUGCUACAUUGAAAGGUCUGGUUUAAGUACAUUGCUGUGAAGUAUAGAUUGUUGGGGUAUUGUUUGAAGGAUGGACGGGCGGCGACAUUCGGUAGAUGUACCCAUUUCAAAAACUCUGGUGGCACUUAGGAGGGUGAGGUCAUUGAGGGAUCCAUCAACUAAUUCUAUGAGUAAGUUCUCUUCUGUAGUUGAUAGUUUGCAUUGGGAUACUAAUUCAUGUAAUGGGAUUUCUCUGAGGUUUGGGAAUGGUUGCCAAGAGGGGGUUUCAAGCAAUAAUGGGUGGGAUCUAAGUAAAAUUUUAGGAACUUGUGGAGAAGAAGAUGAAAAUGUGAAGGAAAUCGAGUCGAAAGAGUGCACUCCGAAAUCACAUUCUAAGUUAGUUAUAAGCAAAAGUGUUGGAAAAUCAGGGUCCAAAGUUGUUGGAACAAAAAGCAAGUGUGAUGAUAGUAGGGAAAAUGGGUUAGAUUUAGCUUGUAUUUCCCCAUCAAAUGAUCAGCUUGAGGAUGUGGAUUCGAAUAAUGGUUCAACUGUAAGGUCUAGUACUCCUAUGGGAGGCAAAGUCCAUUCAUCAACAAGAAAUCAUUCUUAUGGAUGUAAGAGAUCAGUUGGUGGGUCAGUUGGUGAUUUUGUAAGCCGAGCAGGCAGUCCAUCUCUGUGUGCUAGUGAUACCUUUCUUGAAGGUUCUACACGUAGUGCUUCGCUAUUUGGAAACGACGAGAUUGAUGCUUUAGACAGGGAAUAUCGUGGGUGUGGGAUAACCUGUUGUUGGUCAAGAACUCCUAGAUAUAGAGACCCAUGUCUUGCUUCUGAUAAUGAAGAGUAUCCACUAAUGUCAGGGGAAACAGGUGACACUGAAAUGUCUGGACGCAGUAGGAGUUGGAAGCAAAUUAACAAUGAAAUUGUUCCAUAUGCUGAGAGUCCUAGGAGUUUAAGUAUAAAAUUCAGGCCAAAAUCUUUUGAUGAAUUGGUUGGACAAGGUGUGGCAGCAAGAUCACUUUUGGGUGCUAUUUCUAAAGGGAGGAUAACCUCAUUCUACUUAUUUCAUGGUCCUCGAGGUGCUGGCAAGACUUCUGCUUCAAGGAUAUUUGCUGCUGCAUUGAAUUGUCUCUCCUUAGAGGAGCAAAGACCAUGUGGAUCAUGCCAAGAAUGUAUGUUGUAUUUCGCAGGUAGGAGCCGGGAUGUUAAGGAGCUUGAUCCUGUUAGAAUAAACCGUGCUGGUAGGUUGAGAUCGCUCAUUAAAACUGCUACUCUGCCUCCAAUAUCCUCAAGAUUUAAGGUGUUUAUUUUGGACGAGUGUCAUUUGCUUAGAGGUGAUACAUGGGCAACUCUUUUGACCAACUUGGAUAGUUUCUCUCGGCAUGUUGUCUUUGUUAUGAUCACCCCUGACCCGGAUAAGCUGCCAAGAAGUGUGGUUGCACGAUCCCAAAGAUACCACUUUCCAAAAUUAAAGGAUGUUGAUGUUGCAAAUAGAUUAGGAAAAAUUUGUGUGGAAGAAGGAUUGGAGUUUGACGAGGCAGCUUUGGAGUUCAUUGCUUCCAAGUCCAAUGGUUCUAUGCGAGAUGCUGAGAUGAUGCUUGAUCAGCUGAGUUUGCUGGGAAGCAAGAUCACACUGACAUCGGCCUACGAACUUAUUGGAACUGUAUCAGAUGAUGAGCUGGUGGAUCUACUUGACCUCGCUCUGUCAGCUGACACAUCAAAUACAGUUAAAAAGGCAAGGGAGCUAAUGAGGUCAAGGAUUGAUCCUAUGCAACUCAUAUCCCAGCUUGCCAACAUCAUAAUGGAUAUUCUUGCUGGGAAAUUUCAAGAAGAAGAUUCUGAAAUUCGAAGGAAUUUCUUGAGAAAACAUGCGUCAGAGACAGACUUGCAGAAGAUACGUUAUGCGUUGAAGACACUAUCAGAAAGUGAAAAACAGCUGAGAGUGUCCAAAAACCAAACUACAUGGCUUACUGUUGCUCUUUUGCAACUAAAUUCUAUAGAUCCCUCUUUCUCGGAUCCAAAUGAGUCCAGGUUAUCUGUUAGAACUGCAAAUUCUGAAGCUGCAGAUGGCGACUGUUGCAGUACAUCAUCCCUUGGAGAAAAAUCAAAACAUCUUGUCUCAUAUGAUUGUGCAGCUGAUGAUGAAUUGCGUAAAAUGGUAGCGCAAGGAGAUUGUGGCGGAGCUCUUGAAUCUAUCUGGAUCAGAGCCACUGAAAUAUGCCAGUCAAAUUCACUCAGGAUCUUUCUACGAAGACGAGGGAAGCUCUCAUCCGUGUGGGUUAAGAAAGAUCUGGCAGUGGCGGAACUAGAAUUUGAUCAUCCUGACUAUGCAUCAAAGGCUGAGAAUUCAUGGAAACUUGUUGCAAGCUCACUUCAAUCUGUACUAGGAUGUAAUGUGGAGCUUAGGAUCAAUCUGUCUCCUACUUAUUCCAAAUCCAAGAGACCAUCUUUCAGUUUGUUUAGCUGUUCCCGGAGAAUUCACAAAACACAAACCCCUGAAAGUGGGAGUGAUCGUUUGUCAGACGCCUCCAAUUUCACAGGAGACAAACAUGUUGAAACUUGCUCAUCUUGUGGGUCCCAAGUUUCUCAUAUUUGCAGCCACAGAAUGGUUAGUACUCUUCGAAACAGCGAUGGAAAUGCACUAAGUACUGCAAAGUCCGGAGCAUCCACUCCACAGAGAGUCUCACAGGACAGCAUGUCGAAUGAACAUGAAAAAGGAUGCAAGAUUUUAACUGUUGAAGAGCAGGAAGCUCAGCUUAAUUGCUUCCCUAAAUCUAUGAGACUCAGCAAGAAAUUGGCAUCAUCAGAAGCUUCCUCUGAGGUAGUGUGCUUAAAGGUCCAGCCAAAAGGGAAUAUUAGGCAAGCAUCUUUCGAUACUUAUAUCUGCACUGAUUAUCCAUACGUCUUAAGUAAUGGCAGCAAUAACAGUGACUUUUCACGACAUGAAGAUGGUAAAACAGAAGACUCAAAGUCACAUUGCUGGAAAACACCACCCUUUGCUACGAAAAAGGCAUGGCAAAUGAAGCAUCAACGACAGAGAUCACACUUGGUGGAAUGGGUUCUUCCUUGUGCUGCAGCCAAGUAAGACUUGCAAAUACACAAACUGGGACUUCUUACUUACAUGUUUCUAUAAACAGUCGGUUUUUGGCUCUGGUGAUAGUUAAUAGAUGAGUAGGUUCCUUAGAUGUAUCCAGAUUUCAGACCUUUAGAUGUACUGUAUUGUACAUGUAUAGCUUCAAUAUUUCGUGGUGCCAAUAUUUUCCUAGAGAAAAGCUAUGACAUUAUGUCACCAGCUAAGUUGAAUGGAAUGUUACUCUUGUUCAUACUUCAUACAAGUGGGAAGAAACAAGAAAAAGGUGACUUAGUUCA